AUGCAUCCUGAAAAAUAACAGUAAAAAAAAAAUUGUAAGCACAAUAGUUGCGCUCAAAAGGCCACAGACAUUUCCAUUGAUCUUAAUAAUAUUUUAAAGUUUCUGUGAAGCGCUUUUUUCUGUCACUUAGUACAACGGGUGAACACUGUAAUAGUAACCGUUCCUGAAUCACUAGAACCACAGUAUAACCGGUCGUUUAUGUAUUUAUAUUGCAAAACUAAACUAAACACAGAUCUAAAAAACUACAAUCAAGUUAGUCUGCGGUGCGAUUCGGAGAACAGCCAAUGGAAUUCGUGCGCCGUGUCACUUGGCACCUCUGACCAAUUGCAGCGUAGCAGGGCGAUGUCACGGUAGGUUGCUUCCUGCACAGGCAGCUGGCGCUCGUGACUGACAUUUUCAAAUGUUUUUCACCUGUUAAGCAACACACUUAUGAUUUUUCUUUUAAUCGGCUAACCUGCCCGCGACACAUCUCAAACAUCGGCCCUCGGGUGUCCGCUUUUAAAGGGGAUGAAAAGGCUCACGAGGAAGAAACAAAGCGCCGGCGGGUUCGGGGUGAGUGAAAAUGGAUCUGCCACAAGAGAACCGGACUGUGGGAGGAAACAGAAGUUGGCUGAGAUCCAUCAGGCGUUGAUCAGUGACCCAGUUGACAUUGAGACCCUGAGGAGAACAGCAGCCAGUAAAGGUGGACUGCUCACUGACGAACUGAGGAGGAAAGUGUGGCCCAAACUACUGAACGUCAAUGUCUAUGAUCUCCCUCAUAAACCUGGUCGAGAUGUGAGGGAGAACCACAAGGACUACAACCAGGUGCUCCUGGAUGUCAGGAGGUCCAUGAAGCGGUUCCCUAAAUGUAUGCCAGCCGCAGAGCGAGCCGUGCUCCAGGAGCAGCUGAUCGACAUCAUACUGGAGGUUCUGAAACGCAACCCUCAGCUCCAUUACUACCAGGGAUACCACGACGUGGCCGUCACCCUGCUGCUGGUUGUCGGGGAGCGGAUGGCUAUCGCCAUGUUGGACACACUCUCUAAUUAUCACCUCAGGGAUUUCAUGGAUCCUACCAUGGACAGCACUAAACACAUUUUAAACUACCUGAUGCCUAUACUGGAACAAGUCGACGUGGAGCUGCAUGACUUCAUGAUCAGAGCGGAGGUGGGAACCAUCUUUGCACUGUCCUGGCUCAUCACCUGGUACGGUCACGUCCUGUCCCAGUUCAAACACACCCUCCGACUAUACGACUUCUUCUUGGCUUCACACCCGCUGAUGCCCAUCUACCUUAGUGCCACGAUUGUGUUGCACAGAGAGAGGGAGGUGAAGCAGACCGAGUGUGACAUGGCCAUGGUCCACCACCUCCUUUCGCGCAUCCCUCAGGACCUCCCGUAUGAACUUCUGAUUGCUCAGUCCCAGGAACUUUUCAGUCAGUACCCUCCGUCGUUACUGGCCAAGCGGGCAGCCCUGCAAUCUCGCAAAAGUCUGUCCAUCAGCACCUUCCAAGUGUUUCAGCUCUCCACCCUCCACCAGAGGCCAGACUCUGUUCUCCAACGCCUCACCAAGGCCCAGGGCUCCACCACCUCCAGACAUGCCUCUCGACACUCAGGCCUGGAAGUGGCUUUACCCCGGGACCGCGGCCAGCUGUGGGGGCAGGGGAACAGGAUGGUGAAGAUGGCAGUGUGGGGGCUGUCUGCCACGCUCGGGGCGGCUGUGUUCGCCGUGGCUCAGACGGCCUUGGACUGGGGACCUGAUGUGUUGCAACAGCUGUUCUGACGUGGCGGUGGGGAUAUAGACUGUUAGACAUACAAACACACACUCACAUGUGGUGACAGCAGACACACCCCCGCUCUCGUUUUGGAUCAACAACAUACAUACACAAACGCAGAUAUUGCAGACUCAAAGCUCGUCUCGUGCUCAGAGGUGGACGGUAGGAAAGACGCAGGAGGAGGUCAGCUAUCUUGGUGCUGAACAGGUUGAUGGCGUUCAUCCACAAUGAACAUAUGCUAACAACUGGUCCGCCUCAGGCUCAUUGUGCAUGUGUCUGAGCGGGUGUAUGUGUAUAUAUGUUUCUGUGCAUGUGUGACAGACCUUUUGGGCACAGGUGCAGGAGCCCAAGUGGCGAGGAAGCGAAAGGGCCUGACCGCCUGACAUCCGCAAAGAUGCAAAAGUACCAAAAGAAAAAAUACAAAAUGACCACAAAAAGGAUGCUAACGGACUCCAAAGAGACUCAAAACAACCACAGAGGUGCCAAAUGACCACUAAGAGACACACAGCAACCUCAAAUAUACACAAAAUGGCCUAAAAUAAACUACACAGGGAUACAAAAUGAUAAUACAGAGAUAGAAAAAUGUAAAAGAACUGCAAAAAGACUCAAAAACAACUACGAAAAUAACACUAAAUAAAAGCAAAAUGACACCAAAAGACAAAAUAACCUCGGAAAACCCCCAAAGAGACGUUGUGGGGUGUUUCUACACUGUAGGAUGGGAGGAGGCCUCUCGUAGGUUUUUUGUUCGGGGGCCCGUCGUCUCCUAAUCCGUCCAGACACCAACACAUGGUUGCUCUUUCAGGCUUUUGCUCACAUGCUGCCAUUGUUGCACCACACGUGUCUCUGUGUAUUCUCCCGCUUGCUGAUUAUUUUUGCUGAUCUCUCGUUUUUAAGACCAUCGCGCUCGCGUUUCUGUUGAGAAGUGUUCCAGCACGCUUGUGCGAUCAGCAGCCAUUUCUGAGAGCCAAUGGUGCCGGUAGCCAGCGCAAUGUCACCUGAAUGCAAAUAAUUAAAGAGCAGCGUUUUCUGCUGAAAGCUUCCAGUCAUGAGUGAAGAAAGAGAGCGAGAGGAAAAGAAAGAAAGAGGGAGUGAGAAUUUUUGCCUGUGAGCUUUUUAUUAAUUGCUUAACUCCAGGUGUCGUUGAGUUACAUUUACGGUCGUGUUUGACACAAAAAAACGAGUUGUUGCUGCCCCACAAACGUGAACAUUCACUCACAGUUAGCCAGAAGCGCUGAACAAAGGAAGUGGGCCUGCAUUUUGCUGGAGGUUUUGCAAGAUUUUAAUUUAAUUUAUUUAAGUAUAUUUUUACAUUUUCUGUUGCAGUUUUUUUUAAGCUGUCUGGCCCACCACUGCUGAAAGAAUAUGGGGGAGACACCAGUACUUUUACAGCCGUAAAAUAUUUAGCAGGUUUGCUCCAACAUUCACCCUGAACAGCCGUCAACGGAGCUACAGUACAUGGACUCAAUAUCAUAUUUCUCUUCAAGACACGACCGCUGUGCUUUAAAAAACGAUUUUACAAAUAUGCUACAUAUCUUGAGCAGUCCAAGUGAUUAUUUUAACGUUAUUAUUUUUAUUAUCAGUGUGCGAAUUUAACUAUGUGUAUCUCUCUAAAAGCCACUACACACACACACACAUACACACACUGUAGAUAUUGUUGGACCAGAUGUAAUCACGGAGUUUCAUAACCGGAAAAAGAGAAUAUUAAUAAUACAGGCUGUAUCCACCUGAGGUACACACACACAUGUAGAGAGAGCACCGGGGGUUUCUCCAAACGGCGAUGCAUGCUCUGCUUGUUGACUUAUGCUCUGAAAUAUUUAGCAGCUUUUACUAGCAUGUAGCCAAGCCGCUGCAUCUGUUAACACAACUUCACCGGAGUCACAACUCUCUCCUUCCUCCACGUCCUCUGCUGAUCUUUCACGCAGCUGGAUGUGCAGUCUUGUCCUGUUGAUUUUAGUUGCUGCAGAGCUUCUGUCGAGUCUGUUGUGUAAAGAAAAAUGAAAUGAGAACACGACUUGAAGGAAAUUAGCUGGCAGGAAUUUUAUCAGACAACAGUCAAUAAAUCAAUAAAUGGUCAACGGCCUGUAAACCAGUUGGCUGCUUAAUAAAUGAGGGAUUCAAGUCACAGUCAGUAAAUACGCCUGACAAGUUGCACACCACAUUAAACAAAAUAUGUUUCUAUGCACUGUGAUUAAACUGUUGUGUGUGCGUGUGUGUGUGUGCGUUGCAGGUAUUACUAAUGUAAGGAAUAAAUAUGUCAAGUUACAUCAUUGUGACGUUGAUCAUUAAAUUUUAAGUUGAAGACAUGUUUUGAGGUUAGAGUAAGAGUAAGUCUCCUGGUAAUGAAUGUAGGUCAAUGUAAUGUCAUGGAGACAAGAAUGUGUGUGUGUGUGUGUGCGUGCGCGCGUGCGUGCGUGCUUGGUGUUGUGUGUGCGUUUGCGUCGGUCACAGGUCUUACUCACAGUUUCUUUCCACUCUGGGCAUCUUCUAUGUUUUUAUUUAUUCAUCAUUUUUAUUCUCUCUGUGCCUCUUUAUUAACUGUCAGGAGUCAUUAUUUAUUUCAAGAGCAACAAUCUAAUUGCCUAUUCAUUUAACGGCUACAUAUUAUUUGCAUUGUAUGGAUGUUUAAUUAUCGGUUAAAUACUCAUUAUUAUGUUUGUAAAGAUCAGAAAUCUGAGGGUUUAUAACUUUAAUAUUGAUCUUUAUUUCACAUAUGGUCAGUAAUUGGUCAGACAAUAAAAAAUCUGAUCUUACGAGGAGUUAGUGUUGAACUGUUCCUUUAAAUGUUCGGCUCGUGUGCCAGUUCAUUAAGUAAAUUAACAUAUUAAACAAAUGACUUUGCAAAGGGAACAUUUAUUAUUAUCAUGGUGCAUGGUCGGCCUUCAUUUGUUUUAUUCUGCUCCGUUACACAAACAGCUCCUUCUCAAGUAAAGUUAAUUCAAGUCACCACUCGCUGAAUUUUUCAAAUUGAUCGUAUGUAAUUGUGCAUUCACCGUGCUCGCUUAUAGGUGAGUCAUAAAAGAAUUGCUUCAUCAUCAAAAAUGUUCACAAAAUUAGCUGCCUAAUUCAUAAAUGUGCGGGGGGGAGAACCCUGUGACCAGGGUCUGUGAUCUGCAAACAUAAGUCUAGACGCUACUGUGUAGUCGUAUCUGUGCCAUAUAGUCUGCACACACACACACACACACACACACACACACACACACUCAUUCAUUCUGGGAAAGAGUGGUGGUGGUGCCAGUUCCUAAUGAGGAUUUAAUUUUUUCUGCCGCUGGCUCUUGGCCCACUUAAGACACUUUUUUCCCCCCCUAACAUUCGCACUCAAACACCUGCACCUGCACUGGCCUAAGUCUGGCAGAUGCCUUUAAUGAAAAAUUAUGGAAACAUGUUACUUGGUUUGAGUGAAACCAAUUCCAAAUGUAGAAUUUGCUCCAGGCGUUGAGGCUCGCUCAAAAGUUUUUUGUUUUUUCAAGUUUCAGGGCCAUAAAAUCAAUGAAAAACGUAAUACUUGAAGACGUAAACAGAAAAUGUAGGAUACAAACUUUUAUUUGACUUAAGUGCAAUGAUUUUCUCUUACUGACUUGACUCUGCUGAGCAAAGAUUGUGAGGCUAUUUUGCACUUCAGCUACCGACAAUUCUUUGAAAUUCAUUUGGCAAAACAACAAAAAAAUUUAUUGCAGAAGUUGUUUUUUAGCAAUCAGAUAUCAGUUUGUAUGUAGAUUAUAGAAGGAAAGAUGCAAUAGUCCCAAAAAAAUUGAAACCUUCCGGAGUUAUUUAUAGUUUGUGUAAUUUUCAAAGUCCCAGUGAGACUGUGCUGCGCCCCUGGCGACGCUCUCUCCUCCCCACAGGUCCAAAAUUUCCCAAAAGACUUGAUUACACCAAAAUGCUUUUUACAAAUGCGAGUGCAAAUUCAGGCUGUGUGUUUGAUUUCUUUGGGCAUUUUAGUGCAUGUUUUCAUCACAGUUACAAAGAGAUAUAUAAAUCAUAUCUCUGAACACAGGUUGUUUGCACCUUGUACUUUAUUGUGUUGAAAUGUGUGUUUCACUGUUUAUGAAGUAGAAAGGUGAAUAAACGACAAAGGAAACA